AAGACAUUGCAAAUCUUUUGCCAAACACACACCACUCCAGGAUGUUACCGCAACACUACCUCUGUCCUAGUUGUAAAGAAACAAGCUCCUGUGCUAGCUGGAUCAGCGAGCAAACUCCAUACAAAGCUGACCUUAUUUCACUUUCAUCCUUCAGAUUCGACCAAACCAACGACAACACAAAGGAAUUGCAAACCAGUUCUAAAACAAAUUUCCACAAUGAGUGGCACUGUCCAGUUUGUCUCCAGGUGCCUACAUUUCCUGUGGAAACUAACUGUGGCCACUUAUUUUGUGGUCCAUGUUUGAUUGCAUACUGGGGACAUGGUUCUUGGUUAGGAGCUGUGAGUUGUCCUCUAUGCAGACAAAAGGUGAGCUUGCUCAACGGUCUAUUUUGUGAGAACGAGCAGGAAAAGCAGGGUCAACAGAUUAUGCAAGACAUUAGGAACUAUAACAAGCGCUUCUCUGGGCAAUCCAGACCCUUUGCAGAUUAUGUCUAUGACAUGCCCCUGUUACUUCAGAUGGCCUUCAGAGGACUCUUCACUAUGGCUGGAUUAAUGUGGAUCUUCUAUUUGAGGAUUGCAAUUUGUUCCUUUGGAGCCAUAAUGUGCCUCACUUUCCCUCUAGAUAUAAUUCCUGAAACAGUCAAUGGGAUCUUGGGAACUGCAGAUGACCUGACUGUUGUAAUCCUGCUUCUUUUCUGCAUGAUUCAUAUUUGCCAGUAGAUGGAGACAGAGCAAAUUAGUUCAACCAGAGUAAUUGUCAAGUUAACCUAACCAGACUAUUCAUUGGAUGUGGCCUAUUUGUCCAACAUUUGGUUGAAUAAAAAAGUGUAGAUAUACUUUCACAAUGUUUGAAUUGAUAGCUGUACAUAGCAUUUUAAUGCUACUAGCGCUUGUUUUUUUUUCCAACCAUGUUGUUGACAAAAGUAAGCAGCACAGAGCUGUUUUUACUUUAACACAUCUGUAACUAUUUAAAUAUUUCCCAAAAAUGUUAAAUAUAUUUUAAAAGAUCUCAAAAAAUGCUAUUUUCCCCCAGUUAUGUAAACUUUGUACUUUACACAGUCCGUUUUUUUAAAUAAUGCAAGUGAAAAUUCACGUGAGAAAAUAAUGUUGCAUUGGGAGAGUGAUUAAAGCAGAUGCUUAGCAGAAAUUGCACUGAAAACUUAUUUCUCCAAACAGGGAGUUAAAUCUGCAUUGCUUUUAAAUUCAAUUUUCUGACUUCAGCAUGAUGUAUGUUUUGAUCUGUAUUUUGUGGAAAACACCCUUUACACUGUACAUCACAUUGAUGUCAUAUCGAAAACAACCUUUAUAGUGUACAUCAGACAGAUCAUAUUGAAAAAGAGUUCUGUCAAUAAAUCUCCAUUGGUUGAAUUUUCUUAGAGAUGAUAGGUUAUGCUUAACUGCCAAUUUCUUCACAUCCU